GUGGAUUUCAUGGAAAAGCUGCAAAAGGAAAACAGCCAAAAAGAAAACCCAGAAAUGGAGGGACAAAACUGGCAACUUGGCUUCAUUAAGAACCCAACCCAUUCAGUGCAAUGCAAAAUUCAUUAAUCUAGAGAGAGAGAGAGAGAGAGAAAAUCCGAGGUGGUUGAAUUGAAUGCUAGAGAGAGAAAGAGAGAUUCAUGAGAGUCGGUCUAGGAACAAAAUGAGGAGUGGAGCGAGGAUUUGGGCGAAAAUGGAGAGGGGGAAAUAUUUUCACUAGGUUCUCUUUAGAUUUGCAAAGCUUCUUUUUUGAAUUUUUGAAGGGAGUGACAGAAUUUCUCUCUCGGCUCUGUGGAUACAAAAUUUGUCUGAUGUAUCUCUCGGACAAACAGUGCUAGGUAAGAGCAAAAUUCCCAACAUCUGUUUUCUCUCCAGUCUCCCCCACUUUCCCUCUCUUCGAAUUUACUGGAUUUUCUUCUCUUUCUUGCCCUUCUUUUACUUCUUCAUUGCAUUCAUAUCUUGCAGAAGCGGAUCAUUUUCACCAGUCAUAGUGUAAUUUGCCCCUGAAUUCCCUAUUGAAACCUUCGACAUAAAUUCUCUUCGAGGUCCUAGUUCCUGGGGACACUAGAUAGUUUGGGUUCUGAUAGAUCUCUCUGUUCUUUGUCCUUACGAAUUAGUGAUCGGCUCAUUGGGUAGCUAUAAUUGUGGGAUAUAUUUCUCGAAUUCUGUUAUAUCUGCACACUGGUGAAGUGGGAUUGUGGUGUUUUCUGAUGGCCAUGAGAUUGUGAUCACAAGGAGAUCAGAUUGUCAUCCAGAAAAAAUCUCCAUUAUAACAGAAGGUUUUUGUCCCAAAAUAGCUCCAAAGUUUAACCCUUGGAAUCGCAUGGAAGAUUAACCCAAUGGCACAAGAAGACCAGAACCAAAAGUGUAGUAACAGUAGUAGUGGGGGUAAUAUCACCAUUGGGAGCAAAAACAGCAUUAGAUCCUCCAAGAAGCAGAAGCAAAAGAAGGCCCCACAGAGAGGCCUUGGUGUGGCACAGUUGGAGAAAAUCAGGAUUGAGGAGCAGCAGAGGAGAGAUGCCGCCGCGAUUUUCCCGUCCCCAGCAACGAUUUCUCAGAGCGGUUCGUGUUACUUGCCAGCUCCGCUCGGUAAUUAUCACAUCCAAGGCGAUUUUGCCCUGCCGAACUCUAUAAUCAGACCGGUUCCCCCGCACCCAGUUCAGAAUUUCGAGGUCCCAAGCGCAGGCGCCUUUCCAUUGGUGAACCGGGUAAGAGGUUGUGGCCUCGAGAUUGAUAGGCCAUCCGGUCCCGAGCACUUCCCUUAUAUGUGGAAUUUCCCUGAGUAUGGGGGUGAAAUCAAGACCUCUUUGGUGGAUCCUGGAUCGCAAGUGUGCUCAAGACCGAGUUUACCUAUUGAUUCCGGUUGGCCUUCCCUCGGACCAGUGCGAAAAGUGCAAUAUGAUCACCCUCCUUUACUGGUGAAUGCAUCACCAGUUACUUCUUCAGCACCUUCCCUCAAUUAUCAGAUGGAGCCCCCUUCAAACCAAAGUCAUCAUGGCAAUUAUUUCCCAGCUUUGCCUCUGGAAGAGAAGAUGAUCGGCGUGAAAAGGUCAUAUCCCUUCUCUCUAGAAUAUCCACCAGCCCCCUACUACCCGUUCAAACUCCCUGUACUUGGCCAUCCAAAUAGCACACCUGACGAACCAUACUCAUGUGGCAAUGGCAAUUUCAGCGAAGGUCCUUCAUGCCCUCCCCUGGUAUUGGAGCCGUCGAAAAGCGUAAAAAGCAGUGGAACUUUGGGUGGAGAGUUCCUCACUCUUGGCCCUCCGGCGACAUCAACUCCUCCAAACUCAAAGCAGCCUCCGGCUUUGCUAACAUUGAAUGAUCAGAAUGUUCCUGAUUUUGAAUCACGAGCCCAUAAAGGAUUUCAAGAGGGUUUACAUUUCCGCCAGGCAUCAAACUGGAGGUAUCAGGAAAAUCCUUGCUACAACUUUCUCUCUCCAGCAAUGGUACCAAAUAACCAAGCAAGUACGCACAUUAACAAUUGCAACAGCGAUCCUGGGGCAAGUAUCGAUCUCAAUUUGAAAUUAUAGAGAACUGACGAGGGCAUGAUUACCUGGCAACCCUUGUCUAGACUCUGACAUGCCGACGGCUUUUAAUCUUGAUUCUUUUGUAGCUUUAAAAGACGAUUACAUUGAUUGUUGUGGUUACAGUAUGGAAUGACUUCAUCCAUCUUUAUUUCCUUUGUGAAAACCACAAUCUUUGCUCA